GCCGAUAGGAUCUCUGCGGCCAGCAAAUUAAGGCGGAGGAAAGUGUGCGACUGAUCGCAGUGUCCACCCGUCUGCCCUCUGAGCCACUCCGGGCUCCGGCUCCCACCCGCAGAGAGCAGCCGUCGCCGCAGCCUGAGCCAACUCGCUCCUCUCGCACGCAGCGAGCCAUCUAAUGCAGCGCCCGGGAGAUGAUGGUGACAGUUUAACCUAAUCCUGGCCGGGGCCUUAGAUCCGACCCCGCGGGCAUUGUGAAACCCUAGGAUUUAGUCUGUGAUCAUGGAGUACACAGCAUCCCCCAAACCUCAGCUCUCCUCCAGAGCAAACGCGUUCUCCAUUGCUGCUCUCAUGUCAAGUGGAAGCUCGAAAGAAAAGGAAAGUGCAGAGAGCACCAUCAAACCUCUGGAACAAUUUGUUGAGAAAUCCUCCUGCGCUCAGCCGCUGAGUGACUUGUCCAGCCUGGAUCCCCACGGGGAGUUCAGCGCCAGCCCUUCCGCCCUCUGCACCGAGCCCCUCAUCCCCACCACCCCCAUCAUCCCCAGUGAGGAAAUGGCCAAGAUUUCCUGCAGCCUGGAGACCAAAGAGCUGUGGGACAAGUUCCACGAGCUGGGCACUGAGAUGAUCAUCACCAAGUCUGGCAGGAGAAUGUUUCCUACUAUUAGGGUUUCCUUUUCGGGAGUGGAUCCUGAGGCCAGGUACAUAGUGCUAAUGGAUAUAGUUCCGGUGGACAAUAAGAGAUAUAGAUACGCUUACCACAGAUCUUCCUGGUUGGUAGCUGGAAAAGCUGACCCUCCGCUUCCUGCAAGGUUGUAUGUGCACCCUGAUUCUCCAUUUACAGGGGAACAAUUAUUAAAGCAGAUGGUGUCCUUUGAAAAAGUGAAACUGACGAACAAUGAACUGGAUCAACAUGGGCAUAUCAUUUUGAACUCCAUGCACAAGUACCAGCCCAGGGUGCACAUCAUUAAGAAGAAAGACCACACUGCCUCCUUGCUAAAUCUGAAAUCUGAAGAGUUCAGGACGUUUAUCUUUCCAGAGACAGUUUUUACAGCAGUCACUGCCUACCAGAAUCAGUUGAUAACCAAGCUGAAAAUUGACAGCAACCCUUUUGCUAAAGGAUUUCGGGACUCUUCCAGACUCACUGAUAUCGAGAGAGAGAGUGUGGAGAGCCUUAUUCAAAAGCAUUCCUAUGCACGCUCCCCCAUCAGAACCUAUGGCGGAGAAGAUGAUGUUCUGGGAGAUGAGAGCCAGGCAACACAAAGCAGAGGAUCAGCUUUUACAACCUCCGAUAACUUAUCCCUCAGCUCCUGGGUAUCCUCUUCAACCAGUUUUCCUGGAUUUCAGCACCCACAGUCCUUGACUGCCCUUGGUACCAGCACUGCAUCCAUAGCUACACCUAUACCUCAUCCAAUCCAAGGAUCUCUGCCUCCAUACAGCCGCCUGGGAAUGCCUCUUACACCUUCUGCCAUAGCCAGCUCAAUGCAAGGUAGUGGCCCAACAUUCCCAUCAUUCCACAUGCCCAGAUACCACCAUUACUUUCAGCAAGGGCCUUAUGCAGCUAUUCAAGGACUGCGUCAUUCCUCUGCAGUGAUGACACCAUUUGUAUGACUGACAUAAAACAAGGGAAAUCGAGAUUUUUAAAUGUGCAAAUUUGGUAUGAAAAUACAGGGGACCUUCCCAAAAAACCUAUGGAGAAAGAGCUGAACUCAUAACAGACUGGCUAACAUAAUGCAUUAUGGAUACAGAUUCCUCCAUCAAGGGGUCACAGCGAGAGAGAGUGAAGCUUGGAGUUGCAAAAGGAUCUAUGUGCUACAGCCAAAUGGAUCACAAAGUUCACAGGACUUUUAGCAAAGUGCAGCUUGAUCCAAAGGCGCAUUAUGUCUAGCGAAGUAAGAAGGUGCGUUUACGCAGCAAUGUACAAAUUAAUUGUGUAUAGUUUUUUUUCCACCUGCUAAAAGAAUCCUGAAAGAGGCAAUACUCUUACUUGAGUCCAUUCUUCCUUCUGAAUAAUGAGAGCCAAUAUGGAAAGAUUUAUUGCUAUAGCUUUGAGCAUGUUUAGGCUAUCUCAGCAUUAGUUUGCUGGGAGAAAAGGAGGGGGAAAGAUUGUCCUUCUUUUAAAGACUGGCUUAUCUUCAAUAAGAACAGUUUUAGUUCCUAAGGGGAAAUACCAAGAAAAUAUGAUCACACAACAAGCCUUGAAUUCUUUAUUUUCUUUGAGUUCACAGAGUUAUCAGUUCAGGAAAAAAAAGACUGUUUGAGAACUAUAUAAAAAUGUUAUAUUCUGUGCUUUGUCUAAAAAUGAGCUCCUCACAUAUCCCAGAAGGGGGCAAUUUAAGCAUCUGUCAGGAGUGAUGGAAGGAAAUAUUUAUUCUGAAGGAUCUGUUACUUUUAAUCUGAAAAUGAAAGAUCUCAAAUCUUCACCCUGAAUCAUUUAUCUGCCACUGAUACUAAAGGACCCCUCUCUCCAGAUGUGCACUUGUAUGAGAUAAAGGAACAGAGCCAAAUUCUUUUACUAUAAAGGUCUGCCCAUCCAACUUGCAAAUGUCAGUGGAUCCUGGUGCAUGACCAGUGCAUAAGAAUUUACUAGCUUCUCCUCUGAUUUUCAUGGUGAUGGAUAAUGUUGCCAGCUAUGCUGUCCUGCCAGGCAGACCAGAGCCAAAUUCUGUGCUUGUAUAUGUCCCAGUUUGAUCAGUGGAAUGGUCUGGGGUAUAAAUAAGCAUGUAAUUUGGCCCACAAUAUUUUACUCAUAUCUAUCUUUUAAUGGGUUUCUAAUUAAACAUGGUUUUGUAAACAAUAGGUCUGAUUCUGGCUGCAAUCCAGAUUUUCUAGUUAUUUUUUGUCUGUAAUAUAAUAAUGUAAUUAGAAUAAUGGGUCAGAUGUGCUCCUCUGCAGAGAUCCAACUUGAGGCCUGUGCACCACUGAAGUCUUAAGAGGUGUUGAUGCCUUGUGCUGGCUCUCUGUACGGGGUGAAUUUCAACAUCUGUGAAGAAUAAACGUUCAGAUGAAAGAGCAGGGUCCAAUCAGCUCAGCCACUGUAUAGUUUCUGUAUAUAGGUAAGAAAUACCAUAUGCUUAUUGACCCCAGUUCUUACACCCUAGUCAUGAGUUCUGUAAAGAGAACUUACCAGGGGCUGUAGGGGCUGAUCAGAAGUAAGGCUUAGAGUGGAAGGCCGGUCUUCAUCGCAUUAUUCUGUUCUAUACCCGACCAAUGUGUGUUACAACAGUAUAUGCAGUAGAGAUCGCAGCUUUUUAUGUGAUAUGCCACACGUCUGGGUGAAUGGAAAGGCAUGUCACAUGACAGUCUUUUGGCUGUAGCCCACUGACUUGCCUUUUGCUGUCCUGCCACAAAAUGCUGUAACACCAUCUCACACUUUGCCUAAUUCUUACGCUAUGUUCCGUUGCAGCUGAUUAAAACAAAGGAUAUUUGUCUCACAGAUGAGACCUGUACUGAUAAAUCAAGAAUAGUUGGUUGCCUUUAAAAUCUUGCCAAUUUUUCCCUUGAACAAAUAGGUACCAUUACCUCAGUAAUCGCGGUAUUAUUUUGUCUUCACCCAACUUUGCGUAGGGGAUGCUGCAAAGACUGGUGUAAAAUUAUCUGAGGCAACUGAGUUUUUUGUCUUGUGGGUUUUUUUGUGGUUUUUUGUUUUUGAAUGGGUGAACAUGGUAUGCCAUUCAUGAUUUUUGGACUCGGAGGCCCUCUGGGGAAUGUCACAAAUCAAUAUACUGGGCCAAGCCUUCUGUCUGCUUGCAUGGGCUGCAAAUAGAUGUCGUAUUUGGCCAGCUGUACCUAUAUACUGGAGUUUGCACUUGGCUGUCAGACUUAGCUGCAAGUUAUUUGUAUUGAAGUCACACUUUUGGCUAAUCAUGCCCUGUUUUGAUAUGAAGAGCCCUACUUUUGGGGAAAUCUGAGAAUAUUGGUGGAACAGAUACAUAUGCUGCAAAAGUUACAGUUAACCUCUCAAAUAUAUAGAUAAUGCCACAUUUUAAAUAUUUUCAGUGUAGAUUUGGUGGGACAAUUGACAGUUUUUUCCCUCCCCUUUCAAUUGUUUGGCUUACAUAGCAUAAAUGUGUCAUUCAUUUUUAACCAGGUGCUAAUCCUAUGCUAGCUAAUGGCAAAAUCUGAGGAAAAUUGUGACUUUGUAUAUAUCCUGUGCAACUUUGGUAACUUAUCUGGUUUUGCAUGCAGUGUUACUGUGUGAAGAAUUCAGCCUAGUUGCUUUAAAACUCUUUUGUGUGUGCACGUACCAGAAAAUGCUCAAGCAAGUACAGUGGCUCUCUGUUUCAGUUGACUCAAGAAGUAAAUUUGAAACAGGUAGGCUGAUGGAGCCUUUAUAAUUUGAGACCAAUCUUCUCACGUUGACCUGCUGUUCCUCUAUAAAGCGAAGUCUAAGCAAUAAAUUCUUUGACCUCUUUAGCCAUUUUCAUGAGUCCAUCCUAAUAGCGCCAGUAUUCUCCAUGUGAAAUUUCUGCUAUGAUGCUAAUGGAGUAUGAAAAAAUUUCAAAGAAAGUUCUAUUUCUUCCUAGGGUACAAGUAUAGUAACAGACGAAUGCUAAAAUAUCCAGUGAAAGGCAAAUGCUUCUUCACUAGGAAUAAAAUGUGAAAUGUCUAUGAAAAAUAUGGCACUAGCCCUCUCCUUAUGUAGAGAACAUGCAUGGAGUGGGACGUUCUCUCCAAAACUCAUGGACUACUCCCCACAGCAGGGAGGGGUUUGCCAUCCUAUCAGUCAGGAAGGGGACAAGGCUUUUGAACCUCAGUGACUGAGGAUCCACAGGCUGAUUCCACAUCCCUUAGGGUCUCUGAGUAGUCAACCCCUCCUUUUGUGCUGUCUGACUAGUUCCUCUCCACAGCAACAUAAUCCCUUUUGAACCACUGCACCCAUUGGAUUCCCCAUCAGUGCAGCCAAGAAAACAAAUCAUCCAGCAGCGUUAAUCCAGGGGUCUUCAGUCUUAUGGAUCUUGUAGAAGGGUUUUAGUUGGUGGUAGAGGAGAGCAAUGUUACUGAAUGGGAGCACCCAUGCCAGUAUUGACAUAAGUAUGGGGAAUUUCUGAUCUAUAUUAUUGACUUGCUCCCCUCCUUGCCUUCCAGCAGAAGGCUGUAUCUGAGUGUAAAUUCUGACGGUUCUUAGGGGGUGAAAUCCUUGCCCCACUAAAGUCAGUAGCAAAGUUGUAACUGACUUUAAUGGGAACAAGAUUUCACCAAGCUUUUCCAAUCUCACUAAUGGCGUCUCGCUAGCUGGACAGUGACAUUAGUGACAAUGCCAGUGUAGGAACUUGUCAGAGGAGACUAGUAACCAAUUUUCAGGCUGCUUUACAUUGAUUUGAAUAAGUAGAUAAAUUUAGAAAUGUAAUCCAGAUUUUAACUGCUUAAACAUUGAAUUUUUUAUGAUUGCUUAAAAAAAGAAUCCCUGUUCUGCUUUGAUGCUGGCUCAGUAAUCUCUUCCAGUAAUCUCUUCCUGAAUUGCCAAUAUCCCAAUGAUAUCACUUUGAGGGAAAAUGUCUGCCACUGGUAGAUGGCUUAGCAAUGCCAAAUAUAAUUUAAACUGGUAUAUUUCUAUGUAUUUCACAUUUUAUGCCUGAUAUAGAACACUCCUCAUUUUCCCAAGCUUUCUCGGCUAAGCAGAAUGGGUGAUCUUCUCUUUUAAAAAGGGCUGGAUGAACAUGCCCAAAUAUGCUUUUCAAACAGAAUGGUAAGAUUAUCUUCAGUCCAUUGUUUUAUUGCCUGGCUCAGUGUUAUGAAUAAAUUUGGAUGGGUUUUUUUUAAUUACUCUGUUACCCAGAAAUAUUCACAUCUUGUAUCAAUCAAAGGAAUCCCAGACUGAGGCAAAUGACUUAGAUGCCUUUAUCCAAUUUCCUUUUUAUUUCUGGAAACCUGAAAGAAGUAAGACAUAAAACACAUCUUAAAUUUAGCUGUUCAGUUUUCAGAAGUGCCCUAGUUGGUCUGUUGCCUACUCUGCAGGACAGUGCUGGGUACAAAUUCAGAGCCAUUGAUUGUAGUGGAGAUACAGAACAUGUGAAUUGACUUAAGCAGUAUAGACGAAAUGGGUUAAAUUCCAAAACUAAGAAGAGAUUUUUUUCAUUUCAGAUAAAAAUGGCCCUUGCUCGGUCCAAGGAAAAUGUUAAGUCUUCUCUACUCUGGGAAAUGUUGUAGCCAUUUUUCAGCACAGGUGCAGUCCCACCUAUGGGUAAGGUGUAGUGGAGACAGACUACAGGUUGUCACUGACAUCAUGGCCUGUGCAUAGUCUGCACUAGCUCUUAUAUCUUUGGUGGCACCAGUGGAACUGCACCAGUGCUGAAAAAUCUACCAAAUUUCCUAGCAAACACACACCCUUAAGGCCUUGAAAGCAACGGUAGGUACCAAGUGCUUCUAAAAGUCUGGCCAUUCAUUCAGGCAAUAACUUUUCCUGUACUGCAAUGGCCCAUGGGGGAGCAACAUCCCAAGAUUCAGCAAAUAUUAGACUUUUAAAAAUCAACUUGUUUUUAAAAACAAAGGUGAUUUGAUGACUUGUUUAGAUCCCACGAGAUCUUUGUGUAUUGUGGGAGAUCAGAAGUAUUACUGGAAAAAUGUUUUUAAAUUUUUUUGGGAAGUGUCCUAAACUGAAAGCUUAUACCAGUUGGGUGAAAUUCACCCCCAUGUAGAGUCAGCAUUCAGGCCUAAGCACCGCAUGUCUCAUUAUUUGAAGAGGCUCUGUGGCAAGAGCCAUUCUGUUUCUCUGCACAGGGUGAAUUUUACUCAUUGAAAUGUAUGUUCGUUUGGUGAGACCUAAUUCUUACCACUCCUUACUGUCCCUUUCUGCAGCAGAAAAUGUGGUUUCGCUACUUACAACUUCUGUCCUACAGUGAGGUGGCAUUUUGGACUCUCUGGUAACCUGUCAUUGAAUGUGGGUUCUGGUCUGUAAAAUGAGAGACAAUCUUUCCAGCUUACACAGAGCUCUUCUUCAAGUCUGGGAAACAUAUUCAGGGUGUCACAGCUAAAACAAGGUGAAACAGAUGGUUUAAUAUAGUUAACACAUUUCAAGGGACCAUUCAAGGUGAAGUGGCCUAGUAACUACUU